AUGGGGUCUAUGCAGCUUAUUGUAUUUAGCUUUGUACUUGCAUAUGUCAGGCUUAGUGAUGCUUGGUUCCACAGUGUGGGUGCACCAACCCGCUUGGGGAUCAAUGCGCAGAGGCCUGCAGUGACUGAAGCUGAGCCUACAGGACGACCUGAUGGAGAGCAUUCCAGUCAGUCUGCUCAACAAGUUGCCAAGCUCCAGUCAAAGCAGAACCAGCUAGCAGCUGAGCCCCUCUCCUGGAAAUUUCCAGAAGACCCGGUGGAUCUGGUAACCAAACCUCCUUUCAAAUUUGAACUGAGGCAGCCAGUGGUUGCUGACCCUGUUGCUGUGAGAUGUGGAGAAAGUAAGAUCUUUGUGGAAGUGAGUCAGGACUUGCUGGGUCUCGGCAAGCUGAUAAAGCCAGAAGAAAUCACCCUUGGUGGUUGUUCAGCCACUGAGAUUGAUGACUUGUCUCAUGUGCUGGUUUUUGAAUCUGAGCUGCACGGCUGUGGCAGCACACUAGUGCUGACAGAGAGUACCUUCAUUUAUGCCUUUAUGCUGGUCUACAACCCCAAAGAGUUUGGUAGAAAUGGCAUCACGAGGAGCCAGAGUGCUGUCAUUGGAGUUGAGUGCCACUAUCAAAGACAACACAGUGCCAGCAGCCAUCCUGAGCCUCCUGCCUGGACGUUUAACAAAGAUACUGGGAAAGCAGGGGCGCAGCACUACUUCUCUCUGAAGCUCAUGACUGAUGAUUGGAGGUUUGAGAGAACGUCCAACAAAUAUGCUUCAGUAGAUGUCAUUAACAUGGAGGCAGCAGUCUUGCUGCAAACUCAACCCCCCCUCAGGGUGCUAGUGGACAGCUGUGUUGCUACCACAGAGCCAAACUCUGCUUCAGAACCAAGAGAAGCUUUAAUAAAAAAUAAUGGGUGUCUGGGUGGUCAACACACCAUUUCCAGGUUCAUGCCUCAGUCCCAGCCUGAUAAGCUCCAGUUACUGGUAGCAGCCCACAGCUUGGGUCUACAGGGGAUGGUGUAUAUUUCUUGCCUUCUGAAGGCCAUCUCAGCUUCCACCCCAGUUACCAUUGAGAACAAGGCAUGCUCCUUUUAUGAGGGUAUGUGGAGGGCUGUAGAUGGAAAGGACCAGUUCUGCACCUGCUGUGAGUCCACAUGUGGAAUGAGAAAGAUCCGAGACCUGCAUGCCAAUGCAAUAGUGGACAGAUGGGAAGCAGAAGUGACCCUGGGCCCCAUUAUUGUAGAAUGACAAGUUUUUAAAAAAAACAAAACACUUGCAAU